GCGGUGCUCCCGGCGCGGCCCGGAACACGCUAGUGGAGCGGAAGAUGGCGGCGGCAGCGGUGGCUGCAGCCGGGACCCCAGUUGGGCUGAGGCGGAGGUGCCGCCGGCUUUGACCUCGCUCUGGCUCCCGUGCGCGCGGCGGGGCGUGUGCGAGGCUCCGCGAGACGGGCACGGGCGGCGGCAGUGACCGCGCGCCGCCCUGAGGAGCGCCCGAGCGGCGGCGCGGCUGCGGCUGAAGAGAGAACCGGCUCCGGGCCUCCGCGUCCUCCUGCUUCUCGGGCCCCCCGCCUCCUUGGGGGGGCGGCGGCGGCGAUGUUCUCGGUCCUCUCGUACGGGCGGCUGGUAGCCCGCGCCGUGCUCGGCGGCCUCUCGCAGACCGACCCCAGGGCCGGCGGCGGCGGCGGCGGCGGCAGCGGCGGCGACUACGGGCUGGUGACGGCCAGCUGCGGCUUUGGCAAGGACUUCCGUAAGGGCCUCCUCAAGAAGGGUGCGUGCUACGGGGACGACGCGUGCUUCGUGGCCCGGCACCGUUCAGCGGACGUACUUGGCGUUGCAGAUGGUGUAGGAGGAUGGAGAGACUAUGGAGUUGAUCCGUCUCAGUUCUCAGGGACUUUAAUGCGGACAUGUGAACGGUUAGUAAAAGAAGGACGGUUUGUCCCGAGUAAUCCCAUUGGAAUCCUCACCACAAGCUACUGUGAGUUGCUGCAAAAUAAAGUACCUUUACUUGGUAGCAGUACUGCCUGCAUCGUGGUGCUGGACAGAACUAGCCACCGGUUACACACAGCAAACCUGGGUGAUUCAGGCUUUCUGGUUGUCAGGGGUGGCGAAGUUGUGCACCGAUCAGAUGAGCAGCAGCAUUACUUCAACACUCCAUUCCAGCUCUCAAUUGCACCACCAGAAGCCGAAGGAGUCGUCUUGAGUGACAGCCCAGAUGUUGCUGAUAGCACAUCUUUUGAUGUCCAGUUAGGAGAUAUUAUCCUGACAGCGACAGAUGGACUCUUUGACAACAUGCCUGAUUAUAUGAUCCUGCAGGAGCUAAAAAAGUUAAAGAAUUCAAAUUAUGAGAGUAUACAACAGACGGCAAGAAGCAUUGCUGAGCAAGCUCAUGAGCUGGCCUAUGACCCAAAUUAUAUGUCACCUUUUGCACAGUUUGCAUGUGACAACGGACUGAAUGUGAGAGGUGGAAAGCCAGAUGACAUCACCGUCCUUCUUUCCAUAGUGGCUGAGUAUACAGACUGACACACCUAGGUGUCAAUUUCUGCCUUUCCUUCCAUCAUCCCAAAUUUUCCCCAGCCGUGUGUACUGAUCCUGCUGGCAGGACCACGUUUCUUUGCCACUGAUCUCAAUGGCCAGUGAUGUAUGCCUUUUUGCCUGUCUUUUUGAGACCCCAUUGAGAUCUUUGUUAAGAACCACUACUGUCAUUCACUAGCUCAUAUCUGCCAGCAACUUUGAAGAGAAUCAAGAUUUGAAGAUUGGCCUUCACUUCUCAUUGUCCUUUCCAUGAUGGGAUGGGAGGUUUUCAAAGCUAAAAUGGCUAUUACUUUUCAAAAAUGCUUGAAGUAUUGAAGAAAAUGAGUAAUGUUGGUAAAGUGAAUUCAAAAUUACAGUGUGUAAAAGUCUAACACAAAUUCUAUGUUAUGGUACAUCUCCUAGAAACAUAUAUUAUUCAUCAACAGAAAUGUAGAAAUGUUACACGUGUACUAUACAGUCUUUGUUAUGAUGAUUGGGUGUGGCUUUGUGUUUUCAUUAUAAACUCCUAUUUUUCAGGGGCUUAUAAUUCUGCUCUAAAACAUUGCUCUGAAUUAUGAAAUCUUGAUCCAGGAGCUUUUUUUCUUACAAAUUGGAAGAAAAUUUCAGUUUAAUUCUAUGGAUGCAAACGUUUCAUGUUUUUAAAAGAUGCUUAAUUGUGAUCCUGUGAUCAAAGUUUUGGCAGUUUAUUGAUUCAUCCAAGUCACAGGCUGGUGGCCUGAACUGCAGGAGGAGUAGGGAGACUCUUUACCAAAAUUUUAAUGGGAAUGUUACUCAAGAUUGUAGAACUCCUCAAAGCCAAGGAAUUUAAUGUUAUGGCUGAAAUCCUCCCAGCUGUCUGACAUGAUGCCCCUGUGUGGGAGCUCUAGGCCCAUCGGCCUAAUGGGUUGAGAAUGGACAGCUGUUAUUUUGGAUUUUGGGGGUCAUGCUACUCAUAGUCUCACUCAGACCCUUUAGUAGCCUUGCUUUCUUUAGAGCAGUGGUUCUCAACCUUCCUAACUCCGUGACUCUUUAAUACAGUUCCUCAUGUUGUGGUGACCCCCGACCAUAAAAUUAUUUUUGUUGCUACUUCAUAACUGUAAUUUUGCUACUGUUAUGAAUCGUAAUGUAAAUAUCUGAUAUGCUAUAUGUGUUUUCCGAUGGUCGCGACCCACAGGUUGAGAACCGCUGCUAUAGAGCAUGCACCAAAUUCAGGGGGUCCAUGUGGAAGGAGCACUGUGGGCAGUAGCAGCAGUACAAGAGUCCAUGAGGAAAACUAGAGAUGAUCUGACACUUGCAUUUGCCCUACACAGAAAUUUAGGGGUUUCUGAAUCAAGCUUAAUGUUUACAGUUUCCAAAUAGCCAUCUUGCAGUGUAUAGUUUCCUUAUAAAACUAUCCCACAUUCAGUUUUCCCAUUAUCUGCAAGUUCAAACUUAUUUUUAAGGUUUGUGUAUAAGUCAACUGCUGUAAAGAUAUAUAUUUUUGGGUCAGUCUUUUUUCUUCAUUAACUUGGUGGUAGAAAAAUAUAGUUAGCAAUCCUUAAAUUAAAGCCAUGUUUUAUAUAUAAGUCAGGUAACAUUGGUGUAUAGAUGAGAAUGCAAUUAAACCUGAUGAGAAUCUACUUGAGGAGAAUAUAGAAAGUCUCUUUCUCUAAAGGAGAUACAUACUUCCUGGUUUAUUGCAUUAAAAUUUAUGUUUGAGGUUACCUCAACUUGUUUUAAAAGAUUUUGUUUUUGUGAAUUUGUACUGUAUAUUUGAGUAACUGUCAAGCUUUUGUUUUAUUUAAAAUGGUUUAACAUGUACCAUGUACAUGUCAUUACUAUAUUUCAAUGCAUCAUGCUUGUAACAGGCAUUUCAUUUAUAAUAAGAAUGAGUUAUUCAUUUGUAAGCCGUUCAGUAAUUUAUCUACUAUUCCUAAAUUGGCAUAAUGUUAGAUAUCUAUUUUGAAUCACCUUUAAUUACAUGUCAGAAUGCCUUAACUACCCUAACUUGACAAAACAGUUCUUUGGUAGAUGAGAUGGGGGGUGGAGGGAGACUGUUUAAGUAAUGAGAACCCAUUGUGCUGUGAUAAAACACAGAAGCCAGAGUGGCAAGUGGCAGGGUAUUUAUUUUGCACAAACUAUUUGCAGUCUCUGUGUAUUUUAAAAAGUAAAGAAAGUUGCAUCCAGAAGGGUUUUGUUGCAAGAAGUACAUUUAUACUUGGGCUGAUGACAUUAGUUCUUUUAUUGGAUUUCUAAUUAUUUCUGGUCAGAGGUACAUAGCCUAUGAUCUGGAUAUAUUUUGCAUUAAUUUUCCAAUGCCUAGACUUGAUUCCUGGUAGAGCAGUGCUGAUUAAGUCACUGGCUUUGCUCUCAUUUAACCCAUCAAACACAAUCUUUGUAAAGUUAGAUUGGUGGUGUUUUAAUACAACUUAUUUUAUCAACUUAUCUUUCUUGAGAAAUUAUUGUUAGAAAUUUACAAUAUGUUUGUUCCAGUGAUGUUGAAUUUAAUGGGACAAGAAUCGAGUUUCACCGUGGAACUAACUUUUGGACCUGGCCUGUAAAUUUAGUAAUACAAAAUAUUUUCUCUUUUCCCUGUCCUUUUUGUGUUAUGCACUUAAUUUUUUGGCUGCCAGUGGUCAGUUGGAGUGCUGCUUAUCAAGUAACUCUCCUUCCAUUCUCGGUGGUUAGAGGCUGUUGGACCCAUGCUGGAAUUUUCCAGUCACAGGACCCAAGUCUCUGUGGGGUAUGACUGAAAUAUGCCACUUGGUGGGUCUGAUUCUGAACUUGAUGUGUGUGUUAAUUGUAUUUUAAAUCAAGCAGUAUAAAAAAGACACACACACACAUUUGCCUCAUGUAAUGGACUUUUAUAACAAAAGAGAAUUUGGAUUUCUAAUUUACAAAAGGCAAAUUAUCUCUCUCUGGAUGCACCAAAGACCAGUAAAGUUUAUAGCUUUUCCAUCUAUAUUUAUAAAGCAAUACUGUAUUAUAAAAAAUCAAUAUUUUUAUCACAUGCUUGAAAUUUUUAUUUUGUUCUGUUUUAAAAAGUGCACUCUAAACAUAUCAGAACCUUAUUUCUUCCUGUGAACUUAAGCUGCCUGCGCACAAAAAAUAUUUACUGAACGGAUGUGCAGUAGAGCCCUAGGCUCUUAAAAAGUGAAAGAAGGAAUGAAGGGGAAAACAAGUUAUUUGUCCUAAAUUACUGUACUGGCUUGACAUGGUCGAUGGGUACUAAAUCACAAAAGAAUCCAUUCCAGGUGUGUAUGUCUGGGGGUUGGGCUGUAUCUAGAUUAGCAACUAGAUUUCAAGCUUUGCAUGAUGGGAGUGUCUCUCCUAUCAGCUACAUUUGUUUUGGAUAGAACAGUAGCCUUCAGUACCACCUUCAGUACCACCAUCCUACCACAUCAAGUAACAAGGCAGGAAUUGUGGGAAUUUACUGAGUCCGUUUUUGAGAGUUUUGGAGAUUGUAAACAAGAUUGACUAGAACUAUAAGUGUUUGUACUUUGGAAUAAAUUCUUGGUUCCUUGUCACCUUAUACCAGCUAUCUUUGGUAGAAGCUACAGCAUCAAAUUUCCCUGGAAACAAUCACAUUUUUGCAUUUAACAAAUUUUACAAUAUCAAACAAAAAAACGAAAUCUGCUUAUAAAACUGAAAAUAUGAAACAAAACAUUUGAAUUUUAUUCAUUAAAAAAUAUUUGUAAAAUUGAACUUCUCAACUAAAAAUUGGCAGUGUCAAUGUCAAAAUUUUAACGGUUAGCAGGUAGUUUGUGGCAAAGAUGGCUAAAUAAUGAAGCAAGUUUGAAUUUAUAUAUACUAAUGAGCUGCUUUUUUCUGUUGAGACUAUCAUUAUUUGUCUUACCCAAAAGGCAAUGACCUGAAUUGGAUGUCUGAAAUAUAACUUAUGCAGGAAUAGUUCUGUAAAUACAUUUAAAUAAACUGUAAAGAUAUUUAAUAAAUAUAGUAUUUAUACUAA